AUGGCCGGAAGGCUAAAGAAGACCACAGGUCUCGUUGGACUGGCAGUAUGUGAGACCCCACGGGAGUGGCUAAAAUUAUUAUAUACAAAGAUUCUUGAUGCUCUUGAAUUUAUGCCCUCAACUGUGGCAUAUAGAAAGUACACAGAACAGAUUACAAAUGAAAGACUGAAUAUGGUGAAAGAGGAAACAGAUCUUCAGAAACUAGAGGAUAAGCUUCAGGCUGGCCAGCUAGAAGAGGUGAUUCUUCAGGCUGAAAAUGAAUUAUCACUGGCAAGAAAAAUGUUGACUUGGAAACCUUGGGAGCCUUUAGUGGAAGAACCACCAGCCAACAAGUGGAAAUGGCCAUUAUAAUCAAUGUUAAAUAUCUAUAAUGUCUAAUUUUAAAAAA